CCAGCUGUCGAGCAUGCUGCGCCCCACACACGGCCAGGCGCACUGACCAUGAGCCUCAACUGCUCCCUGGGCCACUGGAAGGAGCUGAGCAACCUCACGGAGGCGGCGGCUGGUGAAGGGGGCGUCGUCAUCGCCCAGUUUAUCGCCAUCGUCGUCAUCACCAUUUUCGUCUGCCUGGGCAACCUGGUCAUUGUGGUCACCUUGUACAAGAAGUCCUACCUCCUCACCCUCAGCAACAAGUUCGUCCUCAGCCUGACCCUGUCCAACUUCCUGCUGUCCGUGCUGGUGCUGCCGUUCGUGGUGACGAGCUCCAUCCGGCGGGAAUGGAUCUUCGGGGUGGUCUGGUGCAACUUCUCGGCCCUCCUGUACCUGCUCAUCAGCUCGGCCAGCAUGCUCACCCUCGGGGUCAUUGCCAUUGACCGCUACUACGCUGUCCUGUACCCCAUGGUGUACCCCAUGAAGAUCACGGGGAACCGAGCCGUGAUGGCGCUCGUCUACGUCUGGCUUCACUCGCUCAUCGGCUGCCUGCCGCCUCUCUUCGGCUGGUCGUCGGUGGAGUUCGACGAGUUCAAGUGGAUGUGCGUGGCCGCGUGGCACCAGGAGCCCGGCUACACCGCCUUCUGGCAGAUCUGGUGCGCCCUGUUCCCCUUCCUGGUCAUGCUCGUGUGCUACGGCUUCAUCUUCCGCGUGGCCAGGGUCAAGGCGCGCAAGGUGCACUGUGGCACGGUGGUCGUGGUGGAGGGGGACCAGCGGGCCGGGAGGAAGAACUCCAGCACCUCCACCUCCUCCUCGGGCAGCCGGAGGAACGCCUUCCAGGGCGUCGUCUACUCGGCCAACCAGUGCAAAGCCCUCAUCACCAUCCUGGUGGUCCUCGGCGCCUUCAUGGUCACCUGGGGCCCCUACAUGGUGGUCAUCGCCUCUGAGGCCCUGUGGGGGAAGAACUCGGUGUCCCCGAGCCUGGAGACCUGGGCCACGUGGCUGAGCUUCACCAGCGCCGCCUGCCACCCCCUCAUCUACGGGCUCUGGAACAAGACGGUCCGCAAGGAGCUGCUGGGCAUGUGCUUUGGGGACCGCUACUACCGGGAGCCGUUUGUCCAGCGGCAGAGGACGUCCCGGCUCUUCAGCAUUUCCAACAGGAUCACAGACCUGGGCCUGUCCCCACACCUCACGGCCCUCAUGGCAGGCGGACAGCCCCUGGGGAACAGCAGCAGCACCGGGGACACCGGCUUCAGCUGCUCCCAGGACUCAGGGACAGAUGUGAUGCUGCUCGAAGGCUACACGUCGGAUGACCAGCCUUCCUCCCACUGCACUUGCCCACCCAAGAGGAGGAGCUCGGUGACGUUCGAGGACGAAGUGGAACAGAUCAAAGAAGCUGCCAAGAACCCCAUCAUCCUCGUGAAGGCCGAUGUGCACAAGUCCCUGGACAGUUACGCGGACAGCUUGGCCAAAGCCAUAGAGGCAGAAGCCAAAAUCAACCUAUUUGGGGAGGAGGCUCUGCCGGGGGUCUUGAUGGUGGCAAGGACUGUCCCGGGGGCUGGCUUUGGGGGCCGCCGAGGCAGCCGGACCCCCGGGAGUCAGAGGCUCCAGCUGCAGAGCAUCGAGGAAGGGAACGUCCUAGCUGCGGAGCAGCCGUAAGGGCCUC